UGUAAAAUUUGUUGUAAUUCGUACAAUUCUGAUGAAAGGUCUCCAUUAUCAACUUACGAACUACCUUAUAUUUUAUCAGUCUUACAGCCACAGUUCUUACGACUAAUAAAUAAUAUUACGGUUACGGUUUUCUUACAACUACGGUUCGACGGUACAGUUGCGGUAUCAACAGUACAGCUGCGGUAUGGGUCGCACUUCAGCGUCGAUGGAUAGCGAUUUAUAGCGGAGGCUAAGUGGCUGCAUGCAGCAACAAGUCGAGUCGUCAGGGCGGAUUCGUUAGUGGAGCCAGACCAUACGACAACAAUUGGAGGAUUUGUGGUGAGGUUGUAAACAUAAUGAAAAAAUAUUGAAGUGAUUAAUUGAACACAUCGGCUUACGCUAUUAAAGAAAAAAGAAAAUAAUAAUAAUAAUAUUUCAUUUACUUUGUCAACUUUGUAGCCAUUAACGAAGAGUCGAGCGUAAACCAACAACAAAGUACACAUAUCAUUUUCUCGUUAUAUUUUGAUUAGAAUCUUAUCUAUGAAUUGAUGAGGCUUUCCCAACGAAAACAAAUACAAACACCACCUCAUUCUCAUUAUUUCUAAUUUACGUUAUUGGAAUUUUUCCAGGAGUGACUCUAAUGACGUAUAAUUAAGAAUGCUCCAAAUAAGACUACAAAAUAAUGCACAAAUAUGAAGGUACAAAAUGUACUUAUUAUGUAAAAACAAAUUGAUGUAUAAAUAUUUUAAACAAAUAAUGCAAGAGUAUUAUGAUAGAGUAAUGUAUAAAUAUGAACAUGAAGUAAUGAACAAAUAUCUUAUAUAUAAAUUUGGAUAUGUCAUACGGCUUUAGUGACAUUCAAACGCGUGUCAAAGGAUUUUUUUAAAUUUCAAAAAUAAUGUAUUCUACAGUUGAUUUGAAUAUCAGUGCUACAUUUUUUUUUCAAAAAACAUAGAUUAUUUUCAAGCGAAAAUCCAAGGAGGGAUUCUUACAUCGGCCGGCGCGUUUUUGUUCCACCAUUCGUCGUAGGAAGUGAGAUUUCUGCAGAAAUGUUUCCCGCAUUUACGUAAGCCACCAAUCGGAGGGGAAACUGGCCACAGACGCCGUUGCAACAAGCAACUUGCUUUCGGGUGGACAGUCUUAAUUCAACUUCUAACCGAGUCGGUUCGGGAUUAGUUUUCUUCUAGUGCAUCGCGCUCAUUGGCGUCACCCAACAUACGUACACACAUAUUCGCGUUGAUAGUCGCCGCGUGUUUUCACCUUAUCGAAUACCAUUUUCAAGCGUGAAGUGAAAGUCUUCGUGACGAGUCUUAAAAUAUUGUAAUUAAUUAGAUAUUCGUCAAGUUUGUCUUCUUACUUCGUUACCUCCCGUUGCUUCCGUUAUUCGUCGAGGAGCCAGGAACUAGACGAAGUGUUAAAAUUCUACAUACCGUACCAAGGAAACUCCUGUAGAAAAUAUGCCGAGCAGCAAGACCAGAAUUGCCAUAGUAGGUGGCGGUGUAGCCGGAUUGGUAGUAGCCCGUCACACGGCCGCCAAGUUGGAUACUUACAGUGUUACAUUAUUCGAGCAAACCGACCAGAUCGGCGGGACGUGGGUCUACACUGACGAAACCGAUUUCGACAAGCGUGGAUUAGCUGUUCAUAGUAGCAUGUACAAGAAUCUAAGAACGAAUCUUCCCCGGGAAAUUAUGCAAAUACCUGAUUUCCCAAUGAAGGAUGACGAAGGACCGUCAUUCGUUCAUCAUAGCGUUAUCCGAGAAUAUCUCUGGGACUAUGCGAAGCAUUUUAACUUGUAUCCUCACAUAAAGCUAAAUACUCUGGUGAAGCACGUGGAGCCGGAAAAUCUUCAGAACGGACAGACAAUUUGGAUGAUCACGUACAAGGACUUUGAAACUAACGUAGAAACCACUAAAUCGUUCGACGCCGUAGUUCUGUGUAAUGGUCAUUACACUGUAGGUCAUAUUCCACGCAUUCCAGGUAUCGAAAGUUUUCAUGGAGGAAGCAUACAUUCACAUCAGUACAGGGUAGCCGAAGUGUACGCUGGAAAGAAAGUUUGCAUCCUCGGUGCGUCUUGGUCCGGUAUCGACAUCACCUUAGAGGUCUCGCAAUACGCAGAAAAGGUAUAUUUGAGCCACAAUCUACCGGAACCGGUUGACACCAAAAUGUUGAAAAACGUGGAGCAGAGACCCGGAAUCCAUUCUAUUCAAGGGAACAUUUUCAUUUUCCGCGACGGUUCCAGGGCUGAAAUAGACAACUUUAUAUAUUGCACCGGAUACGAGUUCACGUAUCCCUUUAUGUCUGCUAAAGUCGAGAUGCGAACAGACGAGAACCACGUCGAACCGAUUUAUAAACAUCUGAUACAUAUGGAUUAUCCGAAUUUGUUUAUCAUGGGACUGCCAGGAAUUGUAAUACCUUUCCCGAUGUUCCACCUACAAGCUCAAUACAUUCUGGGUAUUCUCGAAGGACAUAUCAAGUUACCUUCUUCCGAGCAAAUGAGGGAGGAAUACGAAGCGGAGAAGAAAGCUUUACUCGAUCAAGGCAUCGCCUUAAGGCACAUCAUUAAACUGAAGGAGAGACAAUGGGCAUAUUACGAUGAAAUUGCUGCGAUUGCAAAUGUCCCGAGCUUCCCUCCAGUGAUUAAGAAAAUCUACAACCACGCCAAUCAAAUGCGUGAAUUGGACUUUACUACUUACAAGAACUUGCAGUAUAGAAUAAUCGACGACCAGAAUUUUGUAGUAUGUUGCUGUAAACCUUGUUAGGGUUUAAAGACUAAGAUUAAAUGGAAAUAAUUAAUUACAAAACGAAGGACAGGGAUCGAAAUUGCUCAAAGUCCGCAAUUGUUGCGCGUUCAGUGAUUACAUGAAUUUAUAAUUGUUUGUUGGAAUUAACGUUCAUGCUUUUUGGCUUGGCAACAGCAUCCGAAGAGUACGAAAGAAGAUACAAUACCAAUAUUUACGAAGAAUGAUAUGUUAAAAUGUUAUAACUGCAAAACAUAACACAGUGUAUACACUUUACGAGUAGCUGUACAUUAUAUAAUGUAUUUGAUGCACUUUUCUAUCUCUUGUAAGAUAAACAUCGACAUGAUUUCUGACCAAUCAACGGAGAUUACGUCAUGUGUAUGUAUUAAUACAGAAAAUGUGCACAAGGAACGCUUCAAUUGCAUUGUAAUAAUGUUAAAUGUAACAAUAAACAAUGAAAUAUAGUUAUACGUAUAGUUAGUAUAACUCAUAAGUUAAAUUACAAUUGUGAAAUAUACUCAUUAUUUUUAAACAGA